AUGGAGGAGUUUCUCUUAAGUCAUGCUGUUCGCCAUCAGGCACUUGUCAGGAAAUUUGUACCCCAUAAACAAGGGGCAGAUAAGAAAGAGUCAAGCACCAAUAUCGUCGUGGCUACUCGGAUCAGACCCAUGUUGGAGAAUGAGAUCUCAUCAGGACAAGUUAUUGCUACUUUCCCCCGGCGUACGGCAAAUGGCGUAAUGGGGUCUGCCGUCGCUGAAUUGCAACCACUUCUUCCCUUCGCGUGGGAAGGCAAUGUGGCAACCUUAUUCGCACACGGACAGACUGGAUCUGGAAAGACUUUCACUAUCAAUGGGUUAAAGCGGCAUAUUGCCCAAUCUUUGUUCGAUGGAACAUUGUCUGGAAAGCGAGGGUUGCAUAUUACUAUCUUUGAACUUAUCUGCUCAACGACCGCGCUCCUUUCGCUAUAUUGGAAGACUCGUUCGGCAACACUCAAAUUUCUAGCGCAAGAACGCAGUGUUGGAAGCACGACCGAGCUCUUGCAAUUAAUCGAAUAUGCAUCGACUUUCCGACAGAACGUCAGUACGGAGAAGAAUGAUGUAUCUUCGCGCACAUAUGAAAUAUGUCGGAUGAGAAUAGAGAAUUUAGCAGCCGGGGUGAUCAAUGAUGGAAUACUGUACCUUGUCGACCUGGCCGGAUCUGAGGUAGCCCGCGAUAUGGCCCAGCAUACUACCGACCGAGUGAAAGAGACACACGAGAUCAACAUGAGCCUCUCUGUUCUCAAUGAUUGCAUUCGUGGAUUGGCUGAUAUCAGUGCUGCGCCGGGGGAAACAUCAAAGCGAUAUAUUCCCUUUCGACGGAGCAUGCUGACAAAGUUACUUAAGCACCUGUCCGAUCCUGUCGAUGGUCGCGAUUGUCGCACUGUCAUGCUAGCUUGUGUCAAUCCUAGCUUCUUGGACACGGGCGCGACCAAGAACACUCUUCGAUAUGUAGAGCUGCUUUGA